AACUCCUUCGCGCCCGGGCACAACUUUUCCACCUCCACCACACCCACUCGCACCCCCACUGUCCUCCUCCCCUUCACGUACCGCCUCCAACGCGCUGACUCGUGCUCUAAGUCUUGCCUCGCGAAAACUCUUUGGUUCAUCGGCACCUACAGUAGUUUCCGGGCAUUAUCGUACACCGUCAUCGCCCAGAAGGCAACAAAUUCUACUGAAGGCUAAUUCGGGAGCGGGCACUCCUGAAGGAGAGAAGGAUGGGAGUGGGGAAAGAGACCCUCUGGAGGACGAAUUGUUAGCAAGAUUAGAGGAGCUAGCGCAGAAGACGGAUGUGCUGACACACUGGGCGGAUGAGAUGUAUGAGUAUGUGAAGGCCGUGCCUCAGAAACCCUUACCUGAUCCUGCCAAGUUCGUGAAACGCGAAGGCGAGGGUGAAAAGCACGCACAGCGACGGAGGAAUGCGGACCAAGAGGCCGAGAUGAGCGCCAUGACGUGCGUUGCGGUGUACAUGCUGCUCAUGUCUUUCUCGCAAAAGGGCAUUGACAGAUUAAGGAAUCACCAAGAGCACAUGCGGAUGCGUCACCCCGAUGGCGAGUUUGUUGUGAGCGAAGGGUUUGAUGACGCUUUGACGUGGUUUAAGGAUCACUUCAUCAAAUGUAAUGAUCGUGCAGCGCUUGUGAAAACGUGGUUGCCAGCACAGUAUGAUGGCCCCAAGACUUGGUUAGAUCAAUUAGUAUACGACCGUGCACUGAUGCUUAGUCGUACCGCUGCAAGGAAGGAGUUGCUCGACCAAGCAACGCGUCCAGACGAAUGCGAGAAACUGUACGAAGAAUCCUUGUGGUGUCUUUAUGCCUUGCAAGACGAUCUGCAAGCUGGGAAUCCAUUCAUGGAAGAGGAUCGCAAUACCAUUUCCACCUGGAUAACGAGGACGAAACUGCGUCUUGUACGCUGUCGCGCUCGAAUGGGCAUGACGGACCGGGACAGAAUCAAGGAUGCCAUGGCGGACCAGAACCUUGUCGAUGCCAGGUACCCACCGCCAUGGGAACCUCAGGCGGUUGAACAGGUGCAACAACAGCAACAGCAAACGCAGCUGCAACAACAACAAUCAUGACAACAAGCGGGUUUUGAUUGUCGUAUUCUUCUCCAAUUCUCUUCUUUUUUUCUUUCUUCUUUUCUUUUCUGAGGUGUAUAUUUCGACGCAUAUUAUGUUAUCUAUUAUUGUAGAUGAACUGCUCUCUGCUCUGGACUACAGUAGAUAUAUUCUUUUUUACAUUUCUCGUCACCAAGGUCUUGCGUUAGCUGUACUCUGAAUUGAUCCAAUGUGUAUCUUAACAAUUUCAUUUCUUCGAACUGGUGACCAGGUUCUAUCAUAGUGUGGCCUGGGAAAGACACAGUAGGAGGUUGUUCGUCAAAGUGCAAAGGUGCCAAAUUAGAUUUGCAUAUACUUCUGACAACUCUGAUAGAGAUGCCCCCAUUUUCCAUCGUUUCUUUCUUUGAUCCUUUCCCAGCCCUUCUCUGGGCCCGACUUUAUGAACCAUAUGAGCAAAGAGCACAGUGCAAAGUCUGCAUAUGUUGGCGUAGUCGAACCAAACAUCCACUCCUGACCAUGAGGACGCCCAUCAAUGUAUUCAGAUAGACUGUCCAACCCUCCGUACAGGUUGGCCCACAUAGCGUCGGCCUUUUCGGGGGGAAACAUCUCUUCCACGCCAACCCCCAAAAUCCUCUUCCUACUGUUUACAAAAUAUUCCUUAUCGCGCCCCUCAAGAAUGUUUGGUGUAUGAGGCAUGGCCAUGAAAGCCAUGUUACUCCUAACGUGCUUCAUAAUAGCAUCGAUAUGUUGCAGUUGUAACUCGCGCGAUCCAUCAGGAUAAAUUGGGUUCUCCGGAUAUGUUGAUUCAAGAUAGUCAGCGAUGAGGGGGGAGUCAGAUAUAGCUUUUGGAUCGGCUCCUUCCACUUUAUCGACAAUGGCAGGGACGGUGUACAAGGGUGCCACUGUGCGAGUGGGGGGAACACCAGCAGCAGAUAAUACAUCAGUGAUGUCAGGGUACGGAACCCAUUCCGUCCGAUAAGGAAGAUUCUUAUAGUUUAAGACAAAACGUAUCUUCCAGACAUUCGGGGACCAGGCUGGUGCUGCUAGUGCAGACCGGACGUCGAAGAGAGUUAUAAGGUGUUUCGUGGCCAUUUGGAAGGUUGAUUACAGCAAGUGAACUGACAAU